GUUGACAAGGGCUCUGGCGAGGAGGGAAACCGAGUUUGUGUUGAUUCUUCAAGACUAAGAAAAGAAGUUUGUGGGCACAACAGGACCUAAGAGCGCUUCUUUUCCCAGCAAAGUUACCUCCAACUGCUAAGGUAACUUCAGCAGCCUCUCCACACACUUUUUGGACUUCUUUAUUUUUUAUUUUUACGGCUGGUGGGGUAGACUUUCGAGAAAAUCGGUUUAAAUGUAUAACAUGAUGGAAACCGAGCUGAAGCCCCCGGCGCCCCAGCCCAACACCGGGGGCACGGGGAACACCAACUCCUCGGGAAACAACCAGAAAAACAGCCCGGACCGCAUCAAGAGACCCAUGAACGCCUUCAUGGUGUGGUCGAGGGGACAGCGGCGGAAAAUGGCACAGGAGAACCCCAAAAUGCACAAUUCGGAAAUAAGUAAGCGACUCGGGGCCGAGUGGAAACUUCUGUCCGAGAGCGAGAAGCGACCAUUCAUCGACGAAGCCAAACGCCUUCGGGCUCUGCACAUGAAGGAACACCCGGAUUACAAAUACAGACCCCGGAGGAAAACCAAGACCCUGAUGAAGAAGGACAAGUACACCCUGCCGGGCGGGCUCCUGGCGCCGGGCGGCAACGGCAUGGGCGCCGGCGUGGGUGUAGGGGCCGGUUUGGGCGCCGGGGUCAACCAGAGGAUGGACAGCUACGCGCAUAUGAACGGCUGGACCAACGGAGGCUACGGCAUGAUGCAGGAGCAGCUGGGUUACCCGCAGCACCCGAGUUUGAACGCGCACAACACGGCGCAGAUGCAGCCCAUGCACCGCUACGACAUGAGCGCGCUCCAGUACAACUCCAUGACCAACUCGCAGACCUACAUGAACGGCUCGCCCACCUACAGCAUGUCCUAUUCGCAGCAAAGCACGCCGGGAAUGACGCUGGGCUCCAUGGGCUCGGUGGUCAAGUCCGAGUCUAGUUCGAGUCCGCCGGUGGUCACGUCGUCGUCUCAUUCCCGGGCCGGACAGUGCCAAACGGGGGACCUGCGGGACAUGAUCAGUAUGUACCUGCCCGGGGCGGAGGUGCAGGACCAGAGCGCUCAGAGCAGACUGCACAUGUCCCAACAUUACCAGAGCGCACCUGUGCCCGGUACGACGAUUAACGGCACGAUUCCCUUAUCGCAUAUGUAAAAUGAACUCUUUUUACUACACUGCUGGACUAUUUUUGUACAGAACACUUCUUUUGGGGAGGGAAAAAGUUGUAUAGAGCUCAAGGAAAGAACACAAAACUUUUGCUUUCUAUUUAAAAAACAAACAAACAAACAAACAAACAAACUAAAAAAAAGAGGAACGGUAGGAACUCCACACAGUUUUUGUUUUGUUCUCUUCUGAUUUAUUUUAUUAUUUUUUUAAUUUAGAUUUUUCAGUUCUGUUUUGUUUCCAAAAGGUGUAUGAGAUUUGGACAUGGUUGACAAGCGGGGGGAGAAUGAAUCAAAUGUUUUAUUAUUGCAAUCGACUUUUUGUACAGUAUUUAUCUAAAAAAAGAAGCGUAAUAACAACAACGAGAUGUAAUGUUUGUAAACAGCAGAAAGUUUUAAAAAAAUUAUAAAAAAUUGUGCAAGAAAUUGAUGCACAACUGAUGUUUACGUCAAAGUUUUGCAAAGGCUGACAUGAAAACUGGAUUUAAAGAGUUUCUCACUGAAGGUACAUAGUAAUAAAUCAUUAUUAUUAUUAUUAUUAUUAUUAUUAUUAUUAUUAUUAUUAUUAUUAUUAAGUUCUAAAUGAGAGAACGAACAGAGGCACUCUCCAGCUUUUUUUAAUUUCCACUUGAUUAUUUUCGGUCUCCCACUCUUCAUCUGUUAGAUAUAUGAAGUUUGUGUUCUUUAUUUUCUCAUGGUUUGUAAAUUUUCUGUACAUUUUCUGUGAUAUUUUAAGUUUUUAUUUUAAAACUUUCAUUUUUCGUAGUUGUAAAAUGUGGCCUGUACGCAGUUGCCAACGCUCCAUGUAUAUAUUUUAACUAAUAACAUCAUUAUAACAGUUACAAGAUGAGUUUUUUUUCCAAUGCAGUUUGAAAUGAAUAAAUUUUUGAAAUUUGGAUAUUUGAAA